AUGACCGGCGGUGGGUUGGCGACGAAUGACGUGAAUGCAUGGCAGGCGAAAGUGAUUCGUUUGUUCGACCUCGCGCGUACGAGUGUUGGUGCGGAGUUUGCGGAGGCCUUGGAAGACUUUGUAGAAUGUUUAAACGCGAGCGGUUCGACCGGUGAGGAUCAAGGUAGUGGUGGUGGUGAGGAUUGUACGAAGGGUGAGGCGUUGUUGCAGACUCGUGAUGCGGAGAAACACACGUGUGCACACGUGGCUGCGUUUCACGGCAACAUGCGGGUGUUGGAGUAUAUAUAUAGUCUAUGUCCUGAGGUAUGUGUAUCGCCGGACAAGCAGGGUGAGGGUCCAUUGUUUGCGGCAGUAAAUAAUGGACAGAGACGUGUAGUGGAAUGGCUUUUGUCAGUGGGAGCGGAUAAGUACGCGUUAAACCAAGUCAAUUUGACCCCAAUCCAUGCGGCAAUGCGACUACAAGAUGGCGGACAAAUUCUUAAAGUACUCACCAAAUCUUUGGAACCGCGACCCGGCCUCUACGCUUUCGGUGCCGUUACUGGUGGACUACUUUCAUGGUGUGUAUUAACAAAUAACAUUGAGCUCUUCAAAACGAUCAUCGAUGUUUCUGACCCGAAACAGCUCGCGAAAGAUUGUAUGGAAUCCCCUCUACCUUGCGCCGUGGUGGGCUCUGCACGACCUGAAACUGCCGGCGUCGUGCUCCAAUACCUCAUUGACAAGCACGUGGCACCUGAAGCGAUCGCCGCCGCACACGACCAAACAGGAUGUAGCGUCCUCUGCAAUCUGGCCCAGCUUGAGGACCAUACUUUCCUUGAAAAACUCAUGGGCGGUUGCUCCGAUGAGUGUCUACGAGAUCUCUGCAGUCAGCGUUCCGAAGGUCGAACACCUUGGCUCUACGCCAAGACGGAAGCCGCGAAGGAGUUGCUCGGUAAAUUUACAGAUGACGCAGCCCGUAUACCCGACGACCCCGAGACUAGUGGCGACCAUGUCGCACCAAGUGGUCACGCUAAUAAUGACUCCAAUCAGCCAGGGAGUCAGACGGGCGGCGAUUCGGACCCCACCGGGGGGGAGAACAAGAUGGUGAUGCCGCGAAAAGAGGUGGACGCUGCGACAAUGGCUGCUUGCGAGAAGUUGAAGUUGUUGGGAAACAAGAAGUUUACGGAACACAGCUAUGUGGAGGCCGAGGCCGCUUUCCGCGAAGCUUUGGGGCUGAUGUCUGUGGACAUAGCAGCGGUUGCAGAACAAACUGGUUUAUUGAACCCCAGUUGCGUGGACAAAGGGACCAUCACCCUACCGGUCAUAAGCCAAAGUGAAGACUACAUCGCACUUGCUAGCACACUUGUGGCCAACCUUUCUGUCGCUAGUCUGCGUCUAGGCAAACAUCGUGAUGCUGAAGAAUGCGCAGCUGUAGCAAUCGCAUUCGCACCCGAAUGGUAUAAAGGAUACUAUCGUCUCGCUAUGGCCAAAAAGGUACAAGGAGACUAUGCUGAAGCUACCCAACAAAUGUAUCUCUGUAUCAUGCGUAACAGCCAAGACGAAGCGUUACGCAAAGAAUUCAACAACUGUCUUGAACUUGCUAAAGCUCAACAUAAAAGGCAGCAAUAA